AUGGUGCCUCCAACUCAACUCUCCAUAGCUUCAUCCUGCGUCACCCGUCUCGUCAAGGAAGAAGUAUCAUACCACAAAGAGUUGGUUUCUCAACAGGCACGAUUGAAGAAAUUAGAGGAAGCCACGGAGGAAGAUGAGAACAGAGAGUAUUCUUUGAAGCAAGAGCGCGCCGCAAUCGAAGAAACUAAAGCUGUCUUCCCACCGCUCCGAGAGCGACUCGAAGAUGCUGUAGUUAAGUUGGAAGACAUACUGCACAGAGGGGGCGAUGAGAGAGAUGAGAAUAAGGCCAAAGAGGUUAUUGCGGCAGCGAAGAAAGCUAUUGGUGGAGAUUAA